AUGCUUUACAAUAUUCAUGUCAAAGAAGGAUAUACUUUAGCCGAAGAUUUGGAAAAGCCUGAUGGAAUUGCUGUUGUUGGGUUUUUUAUGAAAAUUGGAAAAAUUGGAAGGAAAAUGGAAAAUUUUGAAAGAGUGAUUAGAUACGGUAAUCGGAUGAAAAAAUUGAUAGGAGGUCUCAAUAGGAGGUCAAGACUCUUCUUGGGGUUUUCAGGGCUUGGGGGACCCUAG